AUGACCGCAACACCCGCCAGAGCCUCAACCCUCCUGGCGAACUUAAAAGCCGUCUCUGCCCGCGUCACAACCGCAGCUCCCGCCCAAUCUCCCAAAACAACCCGCCUAGUAGCAGUAUCCAAGCUCAAGCCCGCCUCCGACAUUCUAGCCCUCCACCAACCCCCCGCCUCCCAGCUCCACUUCGGCGAGAACUACCUCCAAGAGCUCAUUGAGAAAUCCCGACUUCUCCCCCGCACCGUGAAAUGGCACUUUAUCGGUGGUCUCCAAUCAAAUAAAUGCGUUACGCUUGCUCGGGACGUGCGCGGGCUAUGGGCAGUUGAAAGCGUCGAUUCAGAGAAAAAAGCUACAUUGCUUGAUAAGGGGUGGGGGGAGAGAGGAAAUACUACGAAUGCUGAGGAUUCUAAACUGCGCAUCUAUGUCCAGGUUAAUACUUCGGGCGAGGAGAAUAAGGCUGGUGUUGAGCCUGGUGCGGCUUCGGGACUUUGUCGCUUUAUCAGGGAGAAGUGUCCACGGCUUAAAUUGCAGGGUGUUAUGACUAUUGGGGCUAUUGCGAGGUCGAGGGAUACGACGCCGGAAAAUGAGAAUGAAGAUUUUGUUUGUUUGAGGGAGACGAGGGAUCGAAUUGUGAAUGAGUUGGGGCUUCUUGGGGAUGAUGCACUGUUGGAGUUGAGUAUGGGGAUGAGUUCGGAUUUUGAGGGUGCUAUUGCCCUUGGAUCAGAUCAGGUUCGUGUGGGAACGACUAUUUUUGGGGAUCGGCCGCCCAAGUCUGAGGCUAGAGUUGUCUAG